AUGGCCUCAUCUACUUGGGUGAGCCCAGAAGAAUAUGAGAGACGGGAGAAGUAUCUCCGUGCAGGGCUACGAGAAGUUGAUCUUAUGGACCCGUACACUUGGUCCCGACCUGCUCAGGGAGCUGCUGCGAUGUUUGGCCUAAUGUUAGUUACUGCACGUCUUUACGACAUAUGGAACAAAAAGCCAUUCUAUUUCGCGCUCAUCCCUCGUCUCACAAUUUUGGGAAUAGGAACUGCUGCGGGCUAUGGAAUGGGCAAAUUAAGAGAGCGUCAUUGGAAGACUAGAGAUGCUGUCAUACAGCACUACAUGGAGCUACAUCCCGAAGACUUCGAUCAUUUCAAAGACAGUACCGAAAAAGCGAAGCUCAGAGAAGAAGAACUGAACGAGGCACUAAAUCGUGCGAAAGAACAAGCAGAAAGUGGAGUUGUCGAUGAAGAGACUGUGAGAACUUUAGAAGGAUUCUUAUCCCUCGAAGGAUGUGGCUGGUCGGCGAAGCGAAUACAGGAAGCACUGGAAUUGUUACGAAAAGCUAGUUUGGGUAUUUCCAGCAAAGAUGCCCAGCCGUCGAAGUUCUCAUUCUCAGUUUCCAAAAAGAAGCCUACUCCAGCAUCGUCGGAAAAGCCUUCCCCAAUCCCUGUAUCAUCAGAAACAACAUUCCUGCCUCCGGGUGAAGUUCCUGGAAAUGCCAUUCACUUAUCGAAUUUGAACGGUGAGACUAGAGUUAUUACGGGUCAAGAUGGUUUUGAUGUGAAGCUUAAAGACAUCAAAAAUUGUCAACUUUCUUUCGUCUUUCGUCCAUCAACUGUGCAUAUCCAGGGAGUGGAUAAUUGUAAGCUGGUGUUUCUUCCCGUAGAAACUUCCAUCCUUGUCUAUGAUUGCACAAAGUCCCAAAUAUUUGCCACCGCACAACAGUUGCGUAUUCAUAAUUCCCAUGAGCUUCGACUUCAUGUAGGAGUGCGUGCAGCUGUCAUUAUAGAAUCUUGCAGUAAGAUUCGUAUGGCUCCUUACAGGUUUGUUACUAUUAUUUUAAUUAGUCAUCUGGUUCACAGUGACUCGGACAAAGGGCAA